UCUCUCUCUCUCUCUCUCUCUCUCUCUCCAUCUCUCGCUCCCCCCUUCUCUCUCUCUUUUCUUUCUUUCUCCGCCGCCCCUCCCUCCCUCUUUUUUUCCCCCGGUCUCCCUCUCUUUCUUUUCGCGGAUUCAGCACGGGCUCCCGCCGCCAAAGCGCCCUUUUUUAUAUCGCCGGGAAUCGUCGGAUCGCGAUGGAACUCCUCUCCGGAGUCAGGACGUCGGAGAGCGCCCGCGUGCUGCUGCUCUGGGUGCUGGGUCUUUUGUUCCGGCCCAUGGUUUUGGCAGAGCAGGAAGGGGAAAACUUAUCCGGCUUGUCCACUAACCCGGACAAAGGCAUUUUCGCAGUCCGGGAGAACGGCACGACUUGUCUCAUGGUCGAGUUUGCCGUUAGACUCACCGUGCCAUUCGACGUGCUCGCGCUCAACGGGAUAGACCUGAUCACGGAGCAGGCUUACCUGCCCCUCCCCCGGGGCGCUGAGAUCGAGGGAAAGUGUGCAUCCACGGAGUCCGAGAUCCACAUCUCGUGGAAGAACAACGCCUACACGCUCCACAUCUACUUUUCUAAGGAGUUUCGUGACAAGGGGGUCGAGGUGUGGAAGGUCAGCAAAGUGCAGUUCUUCUACGACACCGCGGAGACGACACACUUCAUCAACGCAUACAACCCGGGGAAGCACACGGCCUCCACGCAUCGCCUGUCCGCUCUGGUGACCCCCGCCGGCCAGUCGUACGUGUGCGCGGCCCAGCAGACCCUCACGCUCAUCUCCACCGACCACCAGAAGGGCGUCACGCUGUCCAUGUACGACAUCCAGAUCCAGCCCUUCGACAUCACCUCCGACUUCAUCUUCAGCGAACCCUACAAGUGCAUCACGGACCAGAGGGAGCGUCUGGAGGAGGCCCUGCCGCUCGUGCUUGGUUUCAUCCUGGGCCUCAUCAUUGUCAUCACGCUCACCGUGUACCACUUCCACCUCAAACUGACCGCGCAGCAGCCCCAGCUCCCCCGGGACCGCUCCAUGUACAAGAACAUGUAAAUUAAUGUAUAGGCUACCCCAUCCCCCCCCCCCCCCCCCCCCCCCCGAAUCACGUUGCUGCUCCCAAAAAGCCAACCCGAAAAAGAAAACACCCGGACUUUUCUCCCCGGUUACUCUCCUCCCGUCCUGAAGUCCUGGAGUUUGCAGACUACAAAGAUGGCGGAAUUAUUUGUUGAAUCAUAACGAAAAAAAAUUGACUUAUGUGGCUCGAGUCUGAGAAGGCAAUAGCCGUUCCAAACCGAUCGGGGUUGAAGGAAAUCACCCUCAAGUUUCGCGUUUUCAAGCCCUUCCGGUUGUUUGUCUUCAGUCGAGUGUUUCAAUGCAUAUCAGAAAGCAUCCACGUUUUUCUUUACCAUUCUGCUUGAAUGCAUAAUCUAGUGUUACCAGUGGACAGUCUUGUAGUGGUGCGUGCAGGUGUUUCAAUUUCUAAAUCCUGAAGGAUGAUUUAGGGUUCUAUUCGACUUUAAAUCCUUCACCGAAACCCAAUUGGAGGGGCGCAACACAUAGGCCUAAUAUAUGAAUGAAUGUCUAAAAUCUAUAUGUAAAAAAAAAAAAAAGGUGAAUAAA